GCACCCAGUGAGAAUGGGAGGCGGGCUUGUCAACUUGAACGAGAAUCACUCAACUGUUAAGUGUCGGGUGGAAUGACAAUGAUUUUCGACUAGACUAUCAAGCUGCUUAGAUAAUAGAUUCCCUAUUUUUACUCGUAUACCAUUACGACUGUCAUACGUGUCGUUCUCUAAUAGUACAAUAGGAACGUUGUUGAGGUUAAAUUAGUAGCUUAUGGUUGCAUUGGCUUGUUGAGAAUUUCGAAAUUUACUUUGUGGAAUGAUAAUUUAAAAGCCAAUGAAUUUUUUUGAAUAAGUUUUUUAGUGUCCACUUCAUUUGAUUUAUGUUUAUCCUCAAUUAGAAAUACACCUGAAAUAUCUAGUCAAAAUUUUGUGUUACACUGAAACUUGUUUAUAGUAUUUUUGUGUUCGCUACAAGAAAGACAUGAAGCGUCGAGCUGAUAAAAAAAGUAGCAUCGAAGAUGGUAGUGGAGAACCAUUCAGUGUACAGGAACAUGGUGACACUAGGGGAGAUGAAAAGAAUAUAGCUAUACUUUUCUUUCUCUACCUUAUGCAAGGUGUUCCCCUUGGUUUGUCUAGUGCUAUUCCUAUGAUACUCCAAAACAGAGGAGCAUCAUAUCGCCAACAGGCUGAAUUUAGCUUUGUGAAUUGGCCAUUUUCACUGAAACUCCUAUGGGCCCCAAUUGUGGAUUCGAUGUUCUCCCAAAGAUUUGGCCGAAGAAAAACUUGGCUGAUCCCUACACAGUAUUUGAUGGGGCUGUUCAUGCUUUUCUUGUCCGCAAAUAUAGACGUCUGGUUAGGCGAUCAGCAUAAUGCUCCUAACAUUGAAUUAUUGACUGGGCUGUUUUUUUCUCUCAACUUCCUUGCUGCCACGCAGGAUAUUGCUGUGGAUGGUUGGGCUCUUACUAUGCUCAAAAGAUGCAACGUAGGCCAUGCAUCGACCUGUAAUAGUGUGGGUCAAACUGCAGGCUACUUUCUGGGUUACGUAUUAUUUAUAGCCCUGGAAUCUGCUGAAUUUUGUAAUGGAUAUUUGAGGUCUGUUCAAUCCGAGGAAGGACUUGUCACAUUACCAGGAUUUCUGUAUUUCUGGGGAUGCGUAUUCAUCGGUACAACUACAUUAAUUGCUAUUUUCAAACACGAAGAUAAAGAAGUGCCCCAAAAAGGUGAACCAGACAUGGAUGUUACACAUGCCUAUAAACUGUUAUGGGAUAUCGUUAAGUUGCCCAGCAUUCAAACAUUGGCAAUCAUUUUAUUAACUGCCAAGAUUGGUUUCUCAGCUUGUGAUGCUGUGACUGGUCUCAAAAUGGUUGACGCAGGAAUUCCCAAAGAAAAAAUGGCUCUUAUGGCAGUUCCAAUGGUGCCGUUGCAAAUUGUUCUACCACUAGCGAUAUCAAAAUACACAGUAGGACCGAGGCCACUAGAUAUAUAUUUAAAAGCCAUCCCUUACAGACUGGCUUUCGGAGUAGUGGCAGCUUUUCUAGUGUGGCUUACACCAUUCAUAGUACUGGGUGGAGACGUCCCUUUGUACUACUACAUAACCCUCAUUAUUGUUUACUCCAUACAUCAGGUUACACUGUACAGCAUGUUUGUAUCAGUGAUGGCAUUUUUUGCAAGAAUAAGUGACCCUGCCGUGGGAGGGACAUAUAUGACACUGCUAAACACACUAUGCAACCUCGGCGGAAAUUGGCCAGCUACAACAGCUCUGUGGCUUGUUGACGCCUUCACUUUCAGGCAGUGUACAACGGAUCCUAACAACGAUUGUAGCACUUCCUUAGAACGAGAGCUGUGCUUGAAUUCUAAUAAUGGAGAGUGCCAUACACAGUUGGACGGUUACUACAUAGAAAGUUUUCUAUGCCUAAUAAUUGGUAUUGCAUGGUUGAGGUGGUCGAGGAGAAAGAUCAACUAUUUGCAAGUGAAACCGAACUCUGCAUGGCAAGUAGUGACACCAUACCUUAAAAGUUAACGUCAAAUGGAAUUUAAGGCCUAGAUUUUUCAAUUCCAAUUUCAUGUGUGAUUCGAUCAAAAAAUUCGAAAAACUCGUUAAUUUGAAUUUCCGAAAAAUUGCGAGUCAUAAUAUGCAUAUCCCUCAUCAUUCAUUUUGUUAGCACAAAACAUAAAACAAGGUAAGAGACAUCGAAUAUUUUGUGAUGUUCUUGCAAAUAAAAAUUAUCUCUACCGUAGUACUGUAUCGUUCAGAAAUUUUAAACUGUGUGAAGUGUUCUAAAUUAGGAACAACUGUAUCGAAUAUAAACUUAUUUAUUGUACAACUGCUCUUCAGUUUUUAAGAGAAAUAUGAAUGAAAUUUAAUUUGUUAUUGCUUGGGAUAAGUUAACUAGGUUCACACGAAAAGUUAGCUAAUUUACUGACGAGCUCCACUCGGUCCGUGUGUUAGACUGUUCAACUUGUCGAGUUGAAAAGAUUCCCAGCAAGUAAACAUGUCAAAUGUAAUGAAAAAAUAACGGGUUUUUAAUAUGGGUAAUUGGCGAUUUUAGUUUCUGUAUUCGUCCAGCUAUUUUCCCCAACAACCAAGAUUCCGCAAUAGUCUUCAACCCUGAAUGCUACAUGGUAAAAUAUAAUUAUAAAUAUUUUUGAUACCAUGUAUGAUGUCGGUGACAUCUGUCUAAAUCUACCGAAAAAAUGAAUCAUAAUUCCUUCACCUGUUAGUGCAAUCGCAAGUGCAAUCUACUUUUUACGAGACACUAGGGUAUUCAAAACACUUAAUAAUAAUAAUGACUACGUAGGUGUAUGAAUGAUUAUUUAUUGAAUUUCAGAAUUCAUUUGAAACAAGUUCUUAUGUGAAAAUGUAUUCGUCAAUUGUUGCCUAUUCGGUAAAAUUGGGUGUAUUGUGUGCUACGGAUUUUGUACGAUUGAAAAAUCGCUCACAAAGUGUUGUAUUUUAAUCGAGUAUUCAAAUGAAAUGUAAUAAUAAUAAUAAUAAUAAUAACAACGACGACGACGACAACAAC